AUGGCGUCGGUCGCGCUCGCGCUCGCCGUGACGCUCUCGAGCGCGUGGCCGGACGCCGCGCACGCGCGAUUGAACGCGAACGAACUGAACCGGAUGAAGAGUGGGCAGAACGACGCGUACGCGGAGAUGAUGCGACAGAUGGAGGCGGAGAAGGCGAAGGAUGGGAACGGCGGGGGGUCGCUGAGCGCGGAGUCGUUGUUCAAGCAAGGCGGCGGCGCGUGCGGCGACGGGUACGAGUUGCGGGUGCAGAAGGUCCUGGGAGCGUCGUGCGUGUGCGUGAGCGACACGUGUAAUCGCGAGGAAGCGCGGUCGGAGUACGAGCGGUCGUUUGGGAAACAAACGGAGGAGGAGCGGGGAGACGGCGGAGGAGGUAUCAAGUUUACGUUUGCCACAGAUUAG